AUGCUUCGACCAAUUUCGCGGGCGGUUUUGACGAACAUGAAAUAUCCUACGUUAGAUAUGGAGAUUGUUGCAAGCACACCAACAACGGUCGCCCACCAGGUAUUUAGUAACGGCACAGAUCGUGAGCAGUCGUUCGAGCUGAGUGAGGCAAGGAGCGUGACAAUAACGAGAGAAUGGAGCCUGACCGCGACACUUUCUAUGACCAUUACUGUAGAGGUGACCGCCGGAAUACUGGAAGUUGCUUCAACCACGCAAGCCACGCACUCAGUUUCAACAUCCCAUACGGAAACGAAGUCCUGGAAGAGGCCGCUUGUACGCCCUCCGCAUACGAAAAUUCUUGGGGAUGCCACGAUGUACGCAGACGACACUGACACCGAGUACGAGGCCGAGAUGGAGCUUCAACCUAUCGCUACAAUGCGAACGGCGUUUACAACGACCUGA